AUGAUGAGCCAACAGUUCUUCACCUCUUCUCCUCGAAGAUGUUUUACCUCUGCCUCCUCUGGUGGAGGCAGCGGAGGGAUCAGAAUCAGUGAGGCAUCCACCUGCCAACCUUUUGCCACCACCUGCCUGGCAGGAAGGGGAAACACCAGCAAAAGUUUCCAUAACUUUGGUGGAAGACAUCAGAUUUCUUGCUGUGUGGGCCAGGAGAGAAGUAGCUAUGGAAACGAUAUGGAAGCAGGACAAGUGGUGGGCCACAGCAUACUUGCAAGGGGCUUUGGACAUAGAAGCACAGCAAGUCCUUCUGCCAGCUGUAGAAGCGAUAGGAUCCGCGAGGUCUCCAUUAACAAGCAUCUCUUGGAACCUCUCUGCCUGGGGGUCGAUCCGCAUGACCAUCAAGUAAAAGCACUGGAGAAGGAGCAACUAAAGGACCUCAACAAUCAGUUUGCUUGCUUCAUUGACAAGGUCAGAUCCUUGGAACAGAAGAACCAGGUGCUGGUCACCAAAUGGAAGCUGCUGCAGAAACAGACAGUUCCCACCGUUCGGAAAGAUCUCAAGCCCUUAUGUGAAAAUUUCCUCAGUAAGCUGAGGAAAAAACUGGACUGCUUAUUGUGUGAGAAGCAGAAGCUCGAAAACCAACAAAAAACAACGCACAGCAUGGUUGAGGAGAACCGGUGCAAAUAUGAAGAAGAGCUGAACAGACGAACAAAUACAGAAAAUGAGUUUGUCUUGCUCAAGCAGAAAGUUGAUGCUGCAUAUGAACAUCAGAAGGAACUGGAAAUGAAGAAGGAGCUGCUGAAAGAGACUGUAGAAUUCCUGAGAGCUUUCUUUGCAGAGGAACGCACUGUGCUGGACUGUCAACUUUAUGAUACAUCUGUGGUUGUCAGCAUGGACAACAGCAGAGGCCUAGACAUGGAUGCCCUGAUCCAGCACAUUGAAAGAUGGUAUCAGAACAUCGCACUAAGAAGCAAAGAAGAAGCUAAUAUCUUUUACAAGAGCCAGAUUGAGGAUCUCCAGAACAAACGAUACAAGUUCCAUGCAAACCUGGAAAAAAACAACAAUGAAAUUACUGAGCUAAAACGGGUGAUACAGAUAAUGCAGAUCCAGACAGAUAAUGAGAAGAAGAAGGUUGCUUCUCUGCAGGCAGCCAUUGGUGACACUGAAAAACAAGGUGACCAUUCUCUUAAAGAUGCCCAGGAAAAGGAACAAGAGCUCCAGAAGCGCCUGCAGGAUUCCAAGGACAAAUUGGCUGGCCUCUUGAGGGAUUAUCAUGAACUCAUGAAUACCAAACUGGCCCUUGAUAUUGAGAUUGCUGCAUACAAGACAUUACUGGAAGGAGAAGAGAACAGCUACAGAAGCAGAAGUAUGUCUAGGAUUAGUGGAAGAACAACAUUCCUGUGUGGAGACUACAAGAGUGGCACCUGUGGAGCUGAUGGUCCAAGCGUGCAUAGAAGAUACAGCAUCCAUGGCGUACAGGUUGACCCGCAUCUGCUGGAGCCUUUCCAUGUGGACAUCUGCCCUGAGAUCCAGAAAGUGAGACAACAAGAGAUGGAGCAGAUGAAGAACCUUAACAGCCAAUUUGCCGAUUUCAUUGAUAAGGUGCAGUGCUUGGAACAGAAGAACCAGCUGCUUUCAACCAAAUGGUCCUUUCUACAGAAACAAGCAAAACCACCCACAAAAUGUCUGAAAUCUCUUUUCGAGCAGUUCAUUUGCAACCUGAAGAAGCAGCUGGAUCGUUUGCUGUGUGAGAAGGGAAAACUGGAGACUGAUUGUGAGUGUUCAAAAGAGGAGGCUGAGGACUGCAAGUGCAGGUAUGAAGAGAAAAUGAACCAACGUUGUGCUGCAGAGAACAAAUUUGCAGAACUGAAGAAGGAUAGAGACUGUGUCGCUUUGAACAAUGCAGAGCUGGAGAUACAAGUCAGUCUCCUCUCCCAAGAGAUUGAGUUCCUGAGAUGCAUAUAUCUGAAGGAGGAAGCUCAACUGGACCAUCACACCGGAGAUUUGGAUGUGGUUGUGAAAAUGGACAACAGCAGAUGUUUAGACAUGGACAGCAUUAUUGCCAUCCUAAGGGAAGAGUACAAAGAAAUUGUCCAGAGGAGCAAAGCUGAGGCAGAUGCCUUCUACCAAAACAAGUAUGAAGAGGCUCAAAGCAAGAGAUGCUGCUUCAAGGGAGACCUGAAGAAAUACAAGCAGCAGAUUUCAGAACUUACAAAGAGAAUCGAGAAGCUUCAGUGUGAAAUUCAGAGUGUGCAAAAGGAGAAUGAUGAGCUGCAGAAGGCCAUCUGUGAUGGGACGGACGGUGGCGACUGUGCCCUGAAAGAUGCUCAGGAGAAAUAUGCUGAGUUGGUGGAGGCCCUUCGGAAUGGCAAGGAUAAACUGGCAUGCCUUGUGUGUGACUACCAGGAGCUACUGAACACAAAGCUUGCCCUAGAUAUUGAGAUUGCAGCCUACAAAAGCCUGCUGGAAGGGGAAGAGAAGAGAUCAGAAUCCAUGUUUGGUGCCCCAAAGAAGUUUUGGCAAUAA